CAAGGUGAAUUCUCCCGGUACUUGAAUAUGGACCCUGGCCCUCUUACCGGUGGAAGUCAUCGUAUUGACGACUAUGGACGAUAUUUCACCAAAUUGGCAAGACGAUUAAAAUCCAAUAUUUUCGGGGAUCUAGUGAAUUACUUUGGAACUCACCACUUAUACCUUGCUGGAGGCCUUCCCAACUCGGAAACGUUCCCAUUCGUAGACGCACAGAUUCAACUAAGGAAUGGUCAAACCGUAGACAUAACAGAGGAUGAAAUGCAAGUGGCACUCCAGUACGGCAACAACAGGGGGAUGCUGCAGCUUCGUGAAUGGCUGACAGAGUUGCAGCGACGUCUUCAUGAUCCCCCUACCCUCCCACCCCCUGGCGUCUCCCCCUCUGCAAACAGCGACAUGAUCACCAUCACAACUAACGGCUGUACGGAGGCUAUUAGCAAGAUCAUGCAGUUAGUGCUGGAGGAAGGGGGACUCGGUGCUGGUCGAGGAGGCAACGUAUUCUAAUGUUUUCAAUGUGAUUGAAACGUUGGGUUGCAAGCCAGCCAUUGUCAAGAACGACGCAGAUGGCUUGAUACCCUCGGAUCUUAGUAACGUCCUGUGUUCCUGGAACGAGGCUACAUCCGGGCCUCGGC